CGGGGGUUGGGUCUGCGGGGAGAACCAGCAAGGCCCGGUAAAUCCCAGCUCUGUCACCUGUAGGCAGCGGCGACACAAGGAACCUGGGCAAGAGUCCCGUUUCUCAUCUGACUUUCUCAUGUGACAAUAGCGGCGUUGUUCUGAGAGUUAGGUAAGUUCACACCCGUGCAGAAAAUAGCUGAGUGACACCUGCUGUUGUAUUCAGAAGACACUUCGUUCUCACAGCUACUCUAUGAGGUCCCCAUAACCAUCAGCAUUAAAAAAAAAAAAAAAAAAAACAACGGAGGCUCAGAUUGGUGGAGCCAUGUGCUCAGGUCACAAGCUAGCGGGGAGGGAGCUCGGAUUAAUGGCAGGUGUGCUUUAAAUCUUAGGCUUUGUUUAAACGUCACACCUGCCUAAAGCCGUUCACAUAAAAGCGUUCACAGCGCUUAGCAGAAUGACCUAUCCCUGGAUCCCCAGGGAAUGUGAAUGGACUCUCACCACUGUCAGAUGUAUUCUGGAAUUUCUAGUGUCUCAGAGUCCUUGGGUCAGGCAGAGGCUCCUAGCUCUUCCUGCACUGGCAAGUUGUCUGUGUUUUGUUUGAAAUUAUACUGAAUUCCAAGAGAGUCAGGUUUUUGGCCCUAAAGUGAAUUUGUUUCCCAGACCCAGGUCCCAGAUCUUGGGAAACAUUCAUUUUAGAACAAAGCAGCUCUUGUGUUACAGGAAUCAGGAGGUCUCUAGGAAGGGGAAUUUUACCUGGAAGAGAACACUCCUGUUCUUAAUGUCCUACCCAAAGCGUCAAAGCAGAGGCAAAAGAGCACAGAAAGGGGCAGGGCCUAAAUUUGCAUGGUCAGAAGCAGUUCUUGAUCCCUCUGCCCAGAUUUGGAGAUGUUGCCACAUCCAGAAGCCACCACACUGUGCAAUAGUGGGAGAUUUGGGCCAGCUUUGAGAAAAGGAGGUGGGCUGGGGUGGCCCAGGGGUAUGUUGCCUGAGAAAGGCCACUUUGGGAAAGCCUGUGAGGCUGAGGUCUGGGGGAGAGGAGUGACCAACCAGAGGGUGAAAUUCUGUCUCCACUGUUGCUAAAUGGCCCCCAGUCCCUUCAUUCUUCAGUCUUUACAGAUGCUAUGCAGUCUCACGUGUCAGUUGCCACAUGUGACGUUAUUGACUUAUCCUGACCUCACAAUCCCAAAAUAGUGGGUCACGAAGGUUUUCCAUGGUCAUCUGCUUCUGACUCUUGAAAGCUUUAAAGAAAUUGGACCUGAGCAGUUCAGUGACUUGUCAAGGGACACCCAGUUUGUGACAGAGCCAGGAGGAAAAAGUGCAGUGCACCUUGUCACAGAUGGUGCUGCCUCUGCAUGGUCCUUCCCAGGCCUCCCAGCUGAACCAUCACAGUUAUUUGCACUCUCCCAAGAGCAGCAGAAUGGACACAUUUCAGGCAUCACUGUCAUUCAAGGACGUGGCUGUGGAGCUCACCCAGGAGGAGUGGCAGCAGAUGGACUCUGCGCAGAGGGCCCUGUACAGGGAUGUGAUGCUGGAGAACUACAGCCACCUCGUCUCUGUGGGGUAUUGCUUUAUAAAACCAGAAGUGAUUUUCAAGUUGGAGCAAGGAGAAGACCCAUGGUUAUUAGAGGAUGAAUUUCUAAACCAGAGUUAUCGAGAAGACUGCCGACUUGAUCUUUUAGAGAGGAACCAGGAAAACCAAGACAAAUAUUUCUGUCAAGUUUUAUUCAGCAACCACCAAACGUUGACUACAGAGCAAGAGAAAGUUUCAGGAAAACCGUUUAAUCUGGGCGCAGACAUUUUUCCUUCAAGAAAAAUACCUUGUAAAUGUGACUCUGUGGAGCCAACAUACUUGGAUCUCUACCCUUUGGCCCCACAUAAUUACUCAAAAAAGAAGGCUGAUGAGUUUAAUGCAUCUCAUUUCAAUACUAGAAAUGAGAGAACCAAUACUGGAGAGAAAUCUUUUGAUUAUAAUCAAAAUUUGCAAGGUUUUAGUUAUGUUGAGGAACUUAUUCAGCAUCAGACUUUUCAGACUUUGGGGCAGUCAUUUGAAUAUAGUGAACAUGGUAGUGCUUUCCAUGAUAAGGCUGCUUUGAUUACACAUAAGAGUGCCCACACAAAAGAGAGAUCUUAUAAAUUUGGAAAAAACCUACAUGAUAACUCAGCCCUUAUUGUCUCUCCAAGUAUUCACACAGAGAAGAAUCACUCUGACUUUAAUGAAGAUGAAUGUAAUAAAACUGGGAACAAUUUCAGUAGGGUUACUCAACUUCAGAGAACUGAUACAGGAGAGAAAAAUUUUGGUCAAAAAGCACAUUUCAGAAAGUAUCAGAGAAUUCAUACAGGUGUGAAACCUCUCGAAUAUGGAAAAAGUGUUAGCCACAUUUCAGCCAUUGUAGUACAACAGAGAACUCACACAGUAGAGACAUCUUGUGAUAACACAUGUAGGGAAACUUUCGAUUCUCAGUCAGCCUUCAAUACAGAUGAGAGAACUCAUGGAAGAGAAAAGCACUAUGAGUGUAAUGAAUGUCAAAAAUCCUUCUCUAGGCGGUCAUCCCUCAUGGUACAUCAAAGAACUCACACAGGUGAGAAAACCUAUGAAUGUAAUGAAUGUGGGACAGCUUUUUCCUGGAAAUCAUCCCUAGCAGUUCAUCAGAAAACACACACGAAGAAGAAACCCUAUGAAUGCAAUGAAUGUGGUAAAACUUUCAGGCAGAAGUCAAGCCUUGGAAUACAUCAGAGAAGUCACACAGGUGAGAAACCCUAUGGAUGUAAUGAAUGUGGGAGAGGUUUCACUUACAUGUCACACCUCAGAGCACAUCAGAGAAUUCACACAGGUGAGAAACCCUAUGAAUGUAAUGAAUGUGGGAGAGCUUUCACCUACAUGUCACACCUCAGAGGACAUCAGAGAAGUCACACGGGGGAGAAACCCUAUGAAUGUAAUGAAUGUGGGAGAGCUUUCACCUACAUGUCACACCUCAGAGGACAUCAGAGAAUUCACACAGGGGAGAAACCCUAUGAAUGUAAUGAAUGUGGUAAAACUUUCAGCCAGAAGUCAAGCCUUGGAAUACAUCAGAGAAGUCACACAGGCGAGAAACCCUAUGAAUGUAAUGAAUGUGGGAGAACUUUCACCUACAUGUCCCACCUCCGAGGACAUCAGAGAAUUCACAAAGGGGAGAAACCCUAUGAAUGUCUUGAGUGUGGGAAAACUUUCCUCUGGAAGUCAAUCUUGAGAAUACAUUGGAGAAGUCAUACAGGGGAGAAACCCUAUGAAUGUAAUGAAUGUGGGAGAGCUUUCACCUACAUAUCACAUCUUAGAAUACAUCAGAGAAGUCACACAGGCGAGAAACCCUAUGAAUGUAAUGAAUGUGGUAAAACUUUCAGCCAGAAGUCAGACCUUAGAAAACAUCAGAAAAUUCACACAAUGGAGAAACCCUAUGAAUGUAACUAAUGUGGAAAAGCUUUCAUUUGCAAUUUAACUCUCCAAACUAAAAUUAUGAGGCACUUCACACAGGCGAGUAUAAUGAAUCACAUUUUCAGCAGUGAGUUUCACCUAUUGAAACAUGAGAAAACUCACAAAGUGGGGGAGAAAUCCUAUACAUGUGGUAAUGUGAGAAAAUUUUCAGAGGGUUGUCAGAUGUAAAAAGCCAAGGGGAGGAAAAAUAACUUUUUCACUGCUCUGUUAGGUUCAGUGACUGGUGCCCUGCAAAUUGAAAGACAUUAACACAGAAAAAGGUCUAUUUCAUAUGUGUGUGGAGUGGCCUCUCAGAAAUGAAAUGCAAACCCCAAAGAGGUGGUCAGGGGCCAGCCCCGUGGCUUAGCGGUUAAGUGCUCGUGCUCUGCUACUUGUGGCCCGGGUUCGGAUCCCGGGCGCGCACCGAGGCACCGCUUCUCCGGCCAUGCUGAGGCCGUGUCCCACAUACAGCAACUAGAAGGAUGUGCAACUAUGGUGUACAACUAUCUACUGGGGCUUUGGGCGGGGGAAGGAGGAGGAUUGGCAACAGAUGUUAGCUCAGAGCCAGUCUUCCUCAGCAAAAAGAGGAGGAUUAGCAUGGAUGUUAACUCAGGGCUGAUCUUCCUCACAAAAAAAAAAGAGGUGGUCAGACCUUGAGGCUUACAUACCAUUUUAACAAAAGGGAAAUACAUUUGCAGAGAAGUGACUAGCCAAAGGAAUAGGAUUUUGAGCUUCUAGAGGUGGUAAAUUGUGAAAAGGUAAAUAUAUGGGGAAUCCAAUGGAUGAUAAGGAUUAUUUCAGUAAGAUUUGUUUAUGCAGAUGUUAGUUGGUGCCAUCUUCAAUGAUAAGAGUUGUAUCCUCUUACCUCAUAAUGGGAGAGGGAAUGAGGAAAACUUCACAAAGGGAGAUUUAUGCCCUGCCUUUAGGUAGAUAGGGGGAGGAUGGAUUUUUCUGUGUUUACUGUUUUUCAAUUGCUUUCAGCUCAAUCCUUAAGCCAAAGUGGCUUGUUUUGGGGUGCCAUAUUGAUUCCCUUCUUCACACAGAGGAGAAACCUUAUAAAUGUGAUGGAUGUUGGGAAGAUUUUCACCAGAAGUGAAAUCUCAGACCAUCAGAAAACUCACAGGGAAUUAAACGUACAAAUGUAAUGAAUAUGGAAAAACUUUCAUCCAUACAUCAAAUCUUACAUUAAAUCAACUUAAAGACAAUUAAAUUAAAGACAACUUAUACACAUAAACAGCCCUGUAAAUGUCAUGGAUCUUGGAAUGUUUUCAGCCAGAAAUCACAUCUUUGAGAACAUCAGGGAACUCAGAGAAACUAUAAAGAUGAUGAGUGCAGGGAAACUCUCAGCCACAAGUCAGGGCUAAGAAAAGAUUGCAAAACUCAGAGAAAUUAAUGUGGAAGUUUCUCACUAAACAUAAGAGAACUGGCUUAGUCUGUUCAGGCUGUUAUAGCAAAAGUACCGUAGACUGGCUUAAAUAACAAAUGUUUAUUUCUCACAGUUCUGGAAACUGGAAAGUCCAAGAUCAGGGCACUGGCAGAUUCGGUGUCUGUUAAGGAUCAACUUCCUGGUCCUUGGAUGGCCAUCUUCUUGCUGUGUUCUCACAUGGAGGAAGGGGCAAGGGAGCUCUUUGCGGCCUCUUUUAUAAAGGCAGUAAUCCAUUCAUGAGAGCCCUGCCCUCAUGACAUAAUCACCUCCCACAGGCCUCCACUUCCAAGUACCAGCACAUUGGGGAUUAGGUUUUGACAUAUGCCUUUGGGGGUGACAUAAACAUUCAGUCUAUACCAAGAAUUUACACUGGAAGGAAACCUUUGAAAUAUAUAUAGACAGUCUUUCAUCCACUAAUAGAAUUCUCUGGGGAAAGAAACACUGUGAAGGUAAUGAAUAUAAGAAAUAUUCUGUAUGACCUCAACCCUAAGUAAACUUCCACUGGAGAAACAUUGAUUGAGAAAGGAAUGAAAACGUGAAAGCUUUCUGUCAAAGACUGAAUCUCAUUGAGUAGAGAAUUCACACACAGUGAAGAAAAUCUAGAAUGCAAUGUGAUAACUUCAGCCAAAAGCCACCUUUCUCGGUACAGCAGAAAAUGCACAGAGCAAUAGAGACCUCAUAGUGUAUUAACCAGAUGAAAGAAAUCUUAAGGUAAUGGAUUUGGGAAAUUGUUCCAGAAGUCAACCCACAAUAUAAUAUAUAUAAGUAAUAUAAUUUAAAACAGACCACUAUCCCACAUACUAUAUAUGCUUCAUUUCCUUUUGUCCCAAGGCCCACAACUAGUCUAAAUUUCCCAACCACACUUGCAUCCAAAUGAGGUAAUAUCACCAACUUCUAGGUAGUGGAAUGUGGUAAAAACAAGUGCCGUGAAAGGCCUCUUCAUCCUAUAUAUUCUCUGCUGUCUCUUGUUGCUACACUGAAGAUGAAAGGGUACCACAUGGAAGGAGUCAGGGUUCAGGAAUUACUGUGUGGAACAAUUUCCUCCUCUGAUAGUCUGACUUUUGUGAGGAAGAAAAAAAUGUUCUCUGCUGAACUGUUAUAGGUUUGAGUCUGCCUGUUAACUGACAUAUACUAGAGAUCCCUCAGUUAACACAAGCUAUGAAAGUGCCAAAUUGGUAUGUAUCAGAAAAGUCACAUGAGAGGAUCCCCUGACAACAUCCUGAAUGAUCUUUAGCUAUUGACCGCAACUCUUCUUAGUAAUCACAUAAAGAACAGGAUUUGUCUGAUGUUUCCUUAUAGUUACAGUUAGGUUAUGAACCUUUGUAGCAAUACAAGUGUUGAGGAUUUCACAGUACAUCAUACCAGGAAGCACAUGCUGUUAAUUAGUACCAUUGAUAACAAUAUUGAAUUGGAUUAUUUGGCUAAUAUAGUAUCUUUCAUGUUUCUUCACAAAAAAGUGAUUUUACCCUUUAUAUUAAUAUCUUGUGAGGAGAUACAUUCAGGCUAUACAUAUGUCCUCUUAAUCCUGAAGCUUUCACCCACUAAUUUUAGCAUUUAUUUCUGAUCAUUGCCCAAAUCAAUUAUUACCAUACUUGCAAAAGCAUUUUUUGUUCUUUUAUUCCUCUUGUGCUUAUGGUAUGGAAGGGUUUUCCUUUCUCCAGAAUUUUUAAUUUAUGUAUAGACUCAUAUUCUUCAUUUAGUAGGUUAUAAUCCUUAACUAGGGUUUAUUUUUUUUGACACUUGUCAUCUGAGGUAAGUCAGUGGAAGUUUAUUCAAAUUGGCUUCUGUCCUUUUAUUAUGUGUUUCUGAUAACUUUUGCUUUUACCAAUCUGUUCUUUUACCUGUUGUGAUCAUGAUAAUGUUUAAUUUGCCUUUGUAAUAGUUUACAUUAUAGAGCAAGUUCUUUAUUCAUUUUUUUCCAAAAAUUUUGUUUUUCUUAAAAUAUUUAUAAUUUUAAGCCCUCUUGAAGAAAUACUUUAAAAUGCUGAUAAAGCAUUUAAUUUCAUCUCAGUCAGGUACCCACAAGGUAUAACCAACUCAACCAACUGACUUAGCUGGUUCCUGGGAAACUCAGAGACACAGUCCUAGUGAUAUGGGAGUCAGGCCUUUCCUGCUUUCCGUCUUCGCUGGCACACGUCCAGAGGACACUCCCCAACACCACUUCAUCCUCUAGAGAAUGUUGUUUGAGUCCUAAACAUUCAUGCUUGUUCCUUCUUGCCUUGUGGAUCUUUCUUACCUGUCUCUGAACUAUUGUUCCAACAAACGGUAGGAUCAUCUGGGAUCCUGGACAAGUUAGAUUUUCUGUGUACCUGUUUCUUCAUGCUCUUCAUGCUACUACAGGCACAAAAGAAUCCUAUUGACAGGGUUUUUGCACUGUUGCAUGCAGUGAUCCACUUCAGGAGCAUUCUCUUCAGUGCUCACCACAGGUCACCUUUUCCUUACCUGUUUGGUUGUUUGACAGAAUGACACUGGAUGUCAGCUGCUUGCCUAACUGCACAUUACUAAACUUUAUUAUUAUUAUACUACUAUGAUUUCACUGCCUGCUUCGUUAACUGGGUGACUGUGUAAGUCUGCCAUCAACCAUCUGUGACCCGAUAGCCAAAAUGACAGGCAACCCAGCUGUAUAACCCACCUAGAAGGAAGGAAUCUAGGGAUUGUCGUCAGGCUGGGUGGCUGCCUGCUUCUCAGGCUUAGGCUCCUCUGUAUCCUAGGGCCUUGUCCUCCCAUCUUGAGUACAUAAUCUUCAGUGUGAGGUAACUAGGAAAUAAACAUUCUGAGCCACCUCCAGCCCAUCCUAAGCUGAGUCCCACAAAUGAGUUGCAGGGAGUUCAUUAGCGGAAUGAGAUAGAUUCAAAUUUAUGUGGGUCUUUGCAUAUUUCUGACAUGAGAAUUCAUGACUUGUGUUAGCUUUUCAAAAUGGUCACUGGUUUACUGACUCAGAAUUGUCGAGAACCACUGCUCAGGCUCCCUUCCCCCCGGAAGUUCAUGAAUAUGUUUCUGUUACAUGUUGCUAGGAAGAGAAUAUGGCUUCCAUCAAAUAUUUAGUGUUUAAUAGUUUAAUUACCUAUAAUUUUUCAACUGCUGCUCAGAAGUGACCCCUAGGAAGCUCAUGACUAUCAUGGUCAACCCUCAAGUCCCAUUUCAUAGCCACUCUAGUAUAUGAUACUGCCAGUCUUAGUGGUCAGAAGGGUGGGGGUCAGCUUAGGGGUCUGGGUUGGGUCCUGAGCACCACCUAGAGUUCUGUUCUCAUGUACAUACUCUGAUUCCAGUGAUUGCUAUCAGUACCUUUGAGGGGUGAGGUUGGAUUGAAGUCUAGAGACAGACCCAGGGGAAUCUACCAGUUCCUUUCUUGCUGGUGGCCUUCCUUACUGCAGGAUGAUAGCUUUAGGGUAGAGGCUCUUCACUCAACUUGUGUGGAUCUUGGUCUAGCACCCUUCUCUGUGGAGCUAAGAAAAGUGCAUCUUUGAGAAUGGUAUGUGAGAAGGUGACUACUUAAGUAUUUACUAAUCUGUGUCUUUUAGUUAAGAAAUGAGUUCACUUCUGUAUAAAAUUGCAUUCUGGGUGUGCAUGCAUGUGGCUUGUAUCGGUGCGUUUUUAUACCAUGUGUAUAUGUCUGUUGGGAUAGCAUGUAGUGUAAUGUUUAAGAGCAGUUCUAUACAUUAAGUGGAUUCCUCGAGUGCUUUAUCAGUGGGGCUUGUUUUAAAAUAUGCAAUGUUUUUUGUAAAAGAAAAAGUUGUAAAUAUGUAUAUGAAACGUUACCUGUAUCUGAUUAGCACCAGCAUGCCUCAGGAUGCUCAGAAAAGAACCAUUGAAGCUCUGCUCUGUGUGUG